UAAGAAGAUGCUCUUUUCUGAAUGGUUGUUCUCCCGAAUAGCCGCGCGCCUACAAUUAACGCUCGCUUAGGUGAGCGGCAUCUCCACUCUCCACUCAAGCUUGUCAAGUCUAAUCAGAGUACUUUUGUUGGGCUCUCAUCCCCCAUCUUCCUUUUCACACCACAUCUCAAUUGAACUCGUCCCGUCCAGUGCAUCAUCAUGGCACGUAACAGCGAGAAAGCACAGUCGAUGCUCUUCCGCUUCCGGGCGCAACAAGCCGCGGAUCUCGGAAUCAUCGACAUCGGACGGACGCGUCGGCCCAAAGCCAUCACGUCUGUGGACUCGAUCCCCAGCUGCGAGAAAUGGCGCGGCCAAGUCCUCAAAGAAAUCUCGCGCAAGGUGUCCCGGAUCCAUGAGCCCAGUCUAUCCGACUACCAGAUCCGCGACCUGAACGAUGAAAUCAACAAGCUGAUGCGCGAGAAAUGGGCGUGGGAAAUGCAGAUUCGGAACCUGGGUGGGCCGAACUAUAUGCGUGGUUCGGGGCGGGUGUAUGAUGACGAGGGGCGGGAGAUCCCCGGUGGUGGGAAGGGGUAUCGGUACUUUGGGCGGGCCAGGGAGUUACCUGGUGUCAAAGAGAUGUUUGAGGCUGCGGCGCGACGGGGGCGAAGGCCGCCCGAGGAAGAGGAGGAAGGAAAAGGGCGGGGUGGGGAUAUUGCUACGAAGAAGGUUGAUGCGAACUACUUCGGGUAUGGGCUCGAUGAAGAGGAUGGAUUGUUGCUUGCGUAUGAGAGGCAGAAGGAGAAGGAGGCUGUUGAGCACCUACGAGGGAAGAAGGAUAGUGAUGCGGAGGAUGGGUGGGAGCCGCUUCCCGGCGACGCUGGCGAUGGGGUUGAAUGGAGGUUGCCGACGCUGGAAGAGGUGCAAGAGGAGCUUGUGGACCGGAGGCGACGCCGACUGCUGGACAAAAUUUCUUAGGCCGAUUGGUGUUUCCGGGUUCUGUGCUCAACAUUUUCAUGUUUUUCUCCUCCCCACAGGCGUUAGGUCUUCGUAUUUGUUGUCUGUCCUCUUUUUUCAUUCUAUAUCAUGUUCUUAUUUAUGCCGGGGUCAUAACAUUAUGCAUUUCGAGGGGCGCGCAAAAGAAGCUCAUCAAUGAUACCAAC